AUGCUGUGCUACUUGAAGUAUGCCGCUGCAGGCUUGGCCGCUGCGACUCUGGUCUCAGGCCAAACUUUCAGCGACUGCAAUCCAAUGAAAAAAACAUGCCCGGCCAACGUUGGCACAACCGAGUCGAGACACACUUUCGACUUCACCAAGAGCUCGGGCUUAGAUCAGUGGAAGACUACUGCCGGCAACGUCAAGACAGGCUCAAACGGCGCCGAGUUUACUGUCAGCAAGCAAGGCGAUGCUCCCACCAUUAAGACCGACUUCUACAUCUUCUUCGGCGAAGUAUCGGUCACCAUGAAAGCGGCCCCCGGCACUGGCAUCGUCAGCAGUAUCGUGCUUGAGUCGGAUGAUCUUGACGAGAUUGACUGGGAAGCCGUUGGCGGCGACACGACCCAAAUCGAGACGAACUACUUCGGAAAAGGAGAUACUACGACAUACGACCGCGCGAUCUGGGAACCUGUCUCGACACCCCAGGAGACAUUCCACACCUACAAAGUAGUCUGGACCAAAGAAGCCACCACCUGGUCCGUUGACGGAAAAGUGAUCCGCACGCUCUCCUUCAACGACGCAAAAUCCGGCACCAGAUAUCCCCAGACCCCCAUGAACGUGCGUAUCGGCAUUUGGGCCGGCGGCGACCCAAGCAAUGCGGAGGGCACGAUCCAAUGGGCCGGCGGCGCAACCGACUACAGCAAAACUCCCUUCACUAUGUAUAUCAAGGACGUCACUAUCGUCAACUAUAACCCGGCUGAGUCUUAUACCUGGUCUGAUCAGACCGGCUCUUAUGAGAGUAUCGAGUUCACUGGUUCUAAGAACUCGACUUCUUCCUCGACUACCUCGAAGACGACUUCUGCUUCGGCUUCUGGAAGCCUUAUCACUGCUGCUAACACAGCUACACCGUCUAGCUCUGGCUCGGUUUCUUCUCGUCCCAGUGCACCCUCCGCUUCGCCGGUUUUCAAUGCCGCUUCGAACUUGAGCGCUGGUAGCUUGGGUUUCUUGUCUAUCCUUGCGGUUGUCUCCGGGUUUCUUUUCCUGUAG